UGAAUGUAGGUGUCAAUCAAUUAAUUGUUGAUUGACACAAGUCAACAAUUAUUAUAGACAAAAUGCCUACAACACCGCCUCAAAUAUCUCCCGUAGAAGAACAGGAAAAAUAUUUACAUGAUGCCUUGGGUAUAGUGAAAGCACAAGCUUUCCAAAUGAAGAGAUCGUUAGAUAAGAACAAACUGAUGGACGCCCUUAAAAAUGGUUCUGCUAUGUUAGCGGAACUUCGAACGUCGUUAUUAUCGCCAAAAAGCUAUUACGAACUUUACAUGGCGAUAUCGGACGAACUCAGACAUUUGGAACUCUUCCUCGUCGACGAAUUUCAAAAAAGUACGAAAGUGCCUGAUCUGUACGAGUUAGUACAAUAUGCUGGAAAUAUAGUACCUCGUCUCUAUCUACUUAUAACAGUCGGUUUAGUUUAUAUAAAAACUAAUAGUUCGUUGAGGCGAGAUCUUUUGAAAGAUUUAGUAGAAAUGUGUAGAGGAGUACAACAUCCUUUAAGGGGAUUAUUUCUUCGUAAUUAUCUAUUGCAGUGUACUAGGAAUGUGUUACCUGAUACGCCUGAUAACGAUACAGAUUGUCCCGAAGGAACCGUUAAGGAUUCUAUAGAUUUCGUCCUGAUGAACUUUGCAGAAAUGAAUAAGUUGUGGGUGAGAAUGCAACACCAGGGUCAUUCAAGAGAUAGACAGAACAGAGAAAGGGAAAGAGAAGAACUUAGGAUUCUUGUAGGUACGAAUUUAGUUAGAUUGAGUCAAUUGGAAUCUGUGACUUUAGAUAAAUAUCAAAAAAUGGUUUUACCGGGGAUUUUAGAACAGGUGGUUAGUUGUAGAGACGCAAUUGCUCAAGAAUAUUUAAUGGAAUGCAUAAUUCAAGUGUUCCCUGAUGAGUUUCACGUCAGAACGCUUAAUCCAUUUUUGAAAUCUUGCGCUGAACUUGAAGUAGGGGUGAAUGUUAAAAACAUCGUGAUUUGUCUAAUGGAGCGAUUGGCUUCUUUCAGCCAGAGAUCCGAUUCUAUAGUUUGCGAAGGUAUAUUAUUAAAUCCAAAAAAUUGUUCCAAACUGCCUUUUUUCCCAAUUAUAGGUACAAAUAUUCUCAAAGAAGUUCAACUUUUUGAAGUGUUUUCCGAUCAGGUUUCGACUAUCGUUGCUAAUAGACAACAUCUGCCCCCAGAAGAUAUGAUAGCUCUACAAGUGGCUCUAAUUAAUUUGGCUUUGAAGUGUUAUCCUGAUAAAAUAGAGUAUAUAGAUCGAGUUAUGUUAUCUAGUGUCGAGAUAUUCCAAAGAUUGGGUAUAGAGAACAUCGAAGCGCAUUCUUCUGUAGCCAAAGAACUACAAAAACUUCUAAAAAUACCUUUAGACCAUUAUAAUAAUCUUUUGGUAGUGUUGAAAUUGAAACAUUAUGCCGGUUUGAUGGAACAUCUAGAUUAUUCCGGUCGCAAAUCGUUGAGUAUCUAUAUUUUGACCAAUGCUUUGGAAAAUGAAACGAUAAUACCAUCAUCGGAGGAAUCAGAGCAAGCUCUAACUCUGUUUAGUACGUUAGUAACAGAUAAAAACGAUCAUCCAGUCAGUGAUUUUGAUAUGGAAGAACUUACUGAAGAGCAGUGCCUUUUGGCUAGAUUUAUACACCAGAUGAAAGCAGAUCUACCAGAUGAUCAGUUCCACAUAUUAACCUCGGCUAGAAAGAUUCUUGGUACUGGUGGUCCUUUAAGGAUCAAGUACACCCUUCCUCCUUUGGUGUUUCAAGCUUAUCAGUUAGCUUACAAAUAUAAGGAAGUGAACGAUGAUAAAUGGGAGAAGAAGUGUACGAAGAUUUUCCAAUUUUGUCAUCAGACUAUAACGGCUUUGGUGAAGGCGGAAUUGGCCGAGUUGCCGUUGCGUUUGUUCCUCCAAGGGGCUUUAGCCAUUGAUAAAAUCGGAUUCGAAAAUCACGAAACGGUCGCUUACGAGUUUAUGUCGCAGGCGUUUUCCCUGUACGAAGAUGAAAUUUCAGAUUCAAAGGCUCAAUUGGCCGCCAUUACUUUGAUUGUUGGGACUUUGGAGCAGAUCAGCUGCUUCUCAGAUGAAAAUUCGGAUCCUUUAAGGUCCCAGUGCGCCCUGGCCGCCAGUAAAUUGCUAAAAAAGCCGGACCAGUGUCGAGGAGUGGCGACUUGCUCGCAUCUUUUCUGGAGCGGGAAAAGUUUAGCGAAUAACGGGGAAGAGACCCACGACGGCAAAAGAGUGGUGGAAUGUCUGAAGAAGGGAAUCCGAACAGCGAAACAAUGUAUGGACGUAUGCGUGCAAGUGCAACUUUUCGUUGAACUCUUGAACCAUUAUAUUUAUUUUUUCGAAAAAGGCAACGAUCAAGUGGAUACUGACGUUCUAAAUCAACUUAUUAAAAAAAUUAAAAUCGAAUUAUCAAAUUUGGAGAUUUCGGACGAAGCCGAUCAGAUUACGAAACAUUUUAACAAUACCCUGGCGCAUUUGAAAUUGAGAAUUGAGUCACCAGAUGGCGAUAGAGACGCAUAUAAAGGAUUACAAUUGCAUCCGGAACUGGACGACGAUAAGACCAAAUCGAAAGGAGAAUAAAUGCCCUAGGGACUUUUAUCUCGAUUUUUCUAAGGAAAUUCCUCAGUAAAUGAAUAGUAUCAGGUUCUACCGUGUGAGUAGCUUACACCGCCCAAUAUUCUUGCUAUUUAGUUGCAAUCUCUCUAUAUACAUAUUUUUUCGAUUUUUUCUUUCUGAAAUUGAUCUGAUUGUUUUUUUUUCAAUCAUUCCAAGUUAUUUAAAUAUAUUUUUACAUAUUGGUUAUAUAUACAUAUUAAAUUAAUUAUAUCAAUGCUAUUAUUUAAUAAAAAUAUCUAUUAUAUACAUAUAUACUAUUAUUUAUUUGUUCCAUAUAUGAAAUUGUAGUUUCUCCUCCGUAUAUUAGCUUCGAAUUCGAUUAUACGAAAAAUUAAAUGAAAAUUCAUAAACAAAUGACUACGCCCAUGAUAAAGGGGUUCGGAUUAAAAAAUCGGGGGUUGUGGUAGGAUAGGUCUUUAGAUUUUGCCAAUAUUCAGUAUUUUUCCGAGGUUUUCCUUAAAUUAGUACAUAUAUUGAAUAUUUGAAAAAAAUAAAUUUGAAAUAAAAAAUUCAGUUAAUAAUAUAACUCUUUAUUAAAAAAUGUAUUUACAGUAGCGAUAAAUAAAUGUAAUGAUUGUAUUUAAAUUUAAAAAUAUUUUUUAUUAAAUUUAAAAAAAACUGACUACACCCAUGGUAAGUUUGUUUACAUGACCAAUGAUUUGAAUGUUGCCAAUAUUUAAUGUUUUUCCGAGUUUUAAAAAUAAAUUUAGAUGAAUAAAAAAUUUUUUUAACAAUAGAUUUAAUCAAUUUUUCUAAAAUAUUUUGUUGAAAAUUGAUGACCACGUCAAUGCAGGGGUGGUUCUAGGAUAAAGGCGCUUUUUCAUACAAAAAUAUUUGAAUCUGAUUAAAGAAAUAGUAAAAAAAGUCGAAAAAUCACAAUAAAAAAUUUAUUAUUUUCCAAAAAUCAUACGAUAUGUUCGUUCGUUUUAUUCAAAAAAUUAUUGCUUGGGAAAAAAUCAAAAAAAUAUCAAUUUAUCAACAUUUAUAAAAUAUAAAAAUAAAUUGUCAAAAAUUUAGUUUUUCACAUCGCCGCCCCUGGCAAUUUUAUUGAGUUCCUAAUUUAGAUGUUGCCAAUAUUUAACUUUUUCUGAACUCUACAUCAAAUUGAUGUUAAUUCGAUUUAUCAAUUUUUUAUUUACUAAAAAAGUAUUAGAUAAACAGAAUUUUCACUACGCCCAUGGUAAGUAUAUCAAAUUCGGGUACGUCAAAUCAGUACCUUGGGUUUUUUAUUAAAAAAAAUUCGAAUGAAAAAAUAUUUUUUGUAGGUUGAAAUAAUUGACCACGCCCAUGGCAAGCUUAAAUAUAUAAGUCAUAGAUGUCAUUUUAGAUGUUGCCAAUGUUUACUAUUUUUCUGAGUUUCAUGUCAAUUUAAUCAUUACUUUCGCUGUAUCCUAGUUCAAUGUUACAAAUACACCUAUCGCCCGAUUUACACGGUAGAUACGUUCCUGAGAAAAACGUGUAAAUCGAAAAUUUUCAAGUCAAAACCGCGUAAAUCGAAAAGCUUGUAGAAAAUGCAUAAUUUUGCUAUUUAACAGUUGUGAUUUUUUUUUAAUAUUUUUAGGUGUACACAAAAAUAGAAAUAAAAUGCAUUGACAGGUUAAAAUAUGUAAUAUAUUACGAAAACACUGUUUUCUUUAUUUAAUUACAAUACAUUAAACAGAAUAACAAAAAAUAAAACCAAA